GCUGAGCCCCAGCCGGGCUGCCUGCCACCCAGCUGCACGGCCGCGAGCUCGCGCGAGCGCUCCGCCCGCAACUGACAAAGGAUGGGAAGAUGCCUGCGCCCGGGGCUGCUGGCUGCACGCCUGCAGGCGGCCGCCUGAGCGACUUCGCCCUCCGCGGGAGGUGUGCCAAAGAAGAGGUUUGAGAAAAUAAACUGGAGAAUCAGGCUGUGAUUAGACAAGAUUCUGCAGUAUUCUAUCUGAGCUGAGCAAAGCAAGGAUAUGAACAAUUGUGCAGGUGGGCUACUCAGGGCGAGUGAAGAGAUAAGGCAUCCAUUCAGGUACUGGCAGCCCACAGCCCUGCCAAAAUGCCCUUCCACCAGAUAUCUAUAAUCCCAGCACGGGAGACUGCCAGCAAUGGGAGAAGUUCAAUGGGCAGAAACAAAGAGAAGAACAAGGAAGUUGAGAAUGACAAAUCUCCUGGAAGAUCUGCUAGUCGAUCAAGUAAUAUUUCAAAAGCGAGCAGCCCAACAAUAGGAACAGCACCCAGGAGCCAGUCAAGGUUGUCGGUCUGCCCAUCUACUCAAGACAUCUGCAGGAUAUGUCACUGCGAAGGGGAUGAAGAGAGCCCCCUCAUCACACCCUGUCGCUGCACGGGGACCCUGCGCUUUGUCCAUCAGUCCUGCCUCCACCAGUGGAUCAAGAGCUCUGAUACACGCUGCUGUGAGCUCUGCAAGUAUGAUUUCAUCAUGGAGACCAAACUCAAACCCCUCCGGAAGUGGGAGAAACUCCAGAUGACCACCAGUGAAAGGAGGAAAAUAUUCUGCUCUGUCACAUUCCACGUCAUAGCCAUCACCUGUGUGGUUUGGUCUCUGUACGUCUUGAUAGAUCGGACUGCGGAGGAGAUCAAGCAAGGCAAUGACAACGGUGUCCUUGAAUGGCCAUUUUGGACAAAACUGGUUGUAGUGGCCAUUGGCUUCACUGGAGGUCUCGUCUUCAUGUACGUACAGUGUAAAGUCUACAUUCAGUUGUGGCGCAGGCUAAAGGCCUACAACCGUGUGAUCUUCGUGCAAAAUUGUCCAGACACUGCCAAAAAACUAGAGAAGAACUUCUCCUGCAAUGCCAACACGGACAUCAAGGAUGCUGUGAUCGUGCCUGUGUUACAGACAGGUACAAAUCCACCGCCCCCUGCAGACGGUGGCCCACCUGAAGUCAUACCAGUGUGAUGGAAUCAGCCAGGAGUUUUCCUUGUGGAAGUUUCUAGCCCUCAGCCACUACAACGACAGAAGUGAUCCUGAAUGACUUAUCUCUUCUACCGACUUACUUUAACUUACUUUAUUCACAAAAGAAAGAAGAGGAGGGAAAAACACACAGGAUCUCUGGAACAAAGUCUAGAGUGAAAGAGGAAAGUGAAAAGUUCGUUUGAUACGGAAUGAUUUCUAAAGACAAUUAAGAACCACUGGAGCAAGGAAUGCUUUUAAGCAAUGAAGAAAGACUACAUGGACACAUACUUUUCACAGUAGCAGGAGGAAGUUCAAGAAUACAGACUUGAAUUGCAGUGUGUGUUUCUUCUGGGGUCUUGUAAUGUUAACUAUCUCAUCUGGAAAUAACAUACUUGUUUUUAAGCUUAAAAUAUGUGCAGUAUCCCUAAGACACGUCAGAAGGAACCUUGAAGGAGGCAUCUUUGGAUAUUCAUACUUUGGCAGUCAAUGAUUUUAAUGGCUAUAGUGGAGUCCAGUUGUUUUGACAGAUGCAUGUUGUUAAAAUAGAUGUAAUACACAUUUGAAAAUACUACAAUCUAUGUUUAAACCAACAACAAAAGUUUUUCCGAGAUUAAUGGGCCCUGGUAAAUACCCAGAGUUGAAAAUGAUGAUCUUGUCCUCUACUUUGUUUUUUUUCUAAAAACAGCACUGCCCACUGAAAAAUAAUAUGAGCCACAAAUGCUGACCAUAUGUGUAUAUUUUAAAUUUUCUAGUAGAAAGUAAAAAAAAAAAAGAUAAAAUUUUAACAAAUUUUAACACUAUCCACAUUAUUGUUUCAACACAUCCUCAACAUAAAAAAAGCAGAAUACUUCCAAUCACUUUAUUUUUCUUGCACCACACAUCUGGCGGCUUUUGCAGGCUAUUCCCAGCGUGGUGCUUAGGGACAGGGAGGCAUCAUGGAUCUAACCUGGGCUCCAGCUAGCAAAGCAUGUGCUCCAUCAAGCCCUCCGAGCCAUCUCCCUAACCCAUAACUCUUUUUAUGAACCAGAUCUUCAAAUUCCACUAUGUAUUUUAUCCUUCAAGCACCUCUCAAUUUGAGUUAACCAUCCUGACUAGCAUGUCCCUAAAAACUAGUGACCAAGACAUUUCAGUUGAAUAUUUAUUAAAAAUAACCAUUUAAUCCAAAGGCUCAUAAGUGCUAUGAUUUUACAUAGCACUAAAGUGAUCAAAUCUAACAUCCAAUUAAAGGGUUAGAAACAAAUGAUUUCUUUUAAAGGGUGAGAAAUCAAACUACAAAAGGGGAUGGGAGGUGGGGAGAAAGAAAAGAAAAUCUGCAGUGAAGUUCUGCUACUCACUUUGGUUUGUGACUAUAGAGCACCUAUGACAGGGAAAAUAAAAAUUAAAUAUUUUGUUGUUAAGUGUGUAAGGUUGUUUUUUUUUUUUAAAUCUACAUGGUGUCAAAUUUACAGAUGAGAAAUCAGAGUAAGCAUUUUGACUUUUAAAAAGCUGCCAGUGUUUUCCUUGCCCAGCUGGGAAGCAAAAAAAAAUACUCCACAGAUUCUCUAAUAAGUAAUAAAUUGAGUUGUUUAGGUUUGACAGUUCAGUUGAUUAUUGUAUUCUUUGCAUAUUCAUGUAAAACUGAAGCGUGAAUGAUACUGCAGUGAGCUAGUUUAAAGACUUUAGAUAUAGUGAUCUGUCAAAGAAAGAUGUCUUACAAUGAAAACAGGUGAUUUAUUUUUGUUAGCUGUCAUAUUUAUUAUUGUGGAAAAACAACCAUGAUGAUGGCCGUAGGAACCAAAGCAUGGGUAUCGCGUUGCACAGACCUGAAUAUCAAUUGAUCCACUUUUGUAAUUAUCCGUGUGCUUGUUCUUCAAAAAUUAUCAUAGGAAAAAGAAAUAACCCAUAAUAAGGAGAGAAGAAACAUGUUGGUCGUGGUUGACAGCAAGUCCAAGUAGUCCCAAUUUGUAGAGAUAAAGAGGUAAACAAUGUCAACUUUGUGUAUGUGUGUGUGUGGCAUGGGUGUGAAUUCAUGUAUAUACACGGGGAAUGUCAUGGUUCUGUCAGCUGGGAAACAAAAGGCUUAAAAUUUAUCUUUCUUAAAACAUGGAGGGCCACGGAAUAGUCAUAGGGAACAAAAUGGAGGGAAUUAAAUUGCGGCCAAUAUUUCUGUGCAAAUAAAAGAUAAACGUGGCAUUAAAAAAUGACAUACUUCAACAAAUUAAACCUUGCAUUAAGUUCAUUUUAGAUAUUCAUUUUUAAAGGGUUAGUAGAGAAAUGUAUUUAUGGAUAAAAAAAAACUUUGGAUGACUUAACAAUAUCACCUCACCCAAAAGAUUGAACCUGAUUUUUCUGAUGAUUUGUCUGAGCAUUUAACUAAUCCAUUUCUCCUGUUGUUUAGCAAUGGCAACAGUCACCAGCAAACAAAAAAUUAUUGAUCUCCCUUCUGUUUGUCCUAGAAGAAAAAGGAUUACCUACCUUAAUUACCACCAAAAAUAGUUUGAAUUCUGUAUAGACCCUAAGCAAGAUUAAGUGUAUAGAUCAUUUCAUGGUGAGAAGCAAUUGGCUAAAAUAAGGCAGCCUUUAUUAUUCUACAACUAAUACUAAAAAACAUUUUUAGAAUGAAAAAUAAAGGCAAGCACUAGCACCAUGCCCAUAAAAGAUGUGUUAUUUUAAAACAAUACCUAAAUUUGCAAAAUGAACAUUAAUAGGGUUUAAUGAGUAAGAAAACAAUUUAGUCCCCAGCAGUUAAAAGUCGUAUUCUGUUCUUCUUUCCUGGCCUUUUAAAACCCUAACUUUUGAGUGGAAAUCUUUGUUUAAAAGUCUUCCUACAAUGCCUUCCUAAGGGUCAAACAACUCUGCAUCUAUUGUGUGGAGGGCCACCUUGUCCCUUCAAUCAAAGGACAAGGCUUUUUGACAUCUUUGCAGACUGGAGGUGAUCCUCAAGAAGAAAACCUGCUCCCUGGAUGACAACCGUUUCAAAGUAUGCUUACCUGCUUGUGUGAGACAUAAAAUGAAACUGAAACAAAAGAUUCAAAUUGAAAAAUGAACUGACGGUUCGUUUAAAAACCUUAAUUUUAUAACAUGAAUCUGUGCUACUACCAGAACCAAGCUGCACAGAUGAUUAGGAUGUUAGUUUUUAUAACUAAAAACUAUCACUCUCAUUGUGUAGGACCAAAAAUUUAAUAGCAAAGGGAUGAAACUCCAAAACUAUAAAAAAAUAAAUCAAAAUGGCCUUAAGUUUAAAUACAAAAGCAACAAAAAUGGGAGAGGAGGAAGGACUCGGAAUCAAAGGGGUCUCAUCCGCAAUGGAGAAAGUGAAGACAGGUGUAUGCCAGUCUUCUCAAAACGCUCCAGGACUGGGCCAGGAGAAAGCGUUUAGGGGGGAGGAGCUUGCCUUGCAUACAGCCAAUCUCAAUCUCGUUCAAUCCCCAGUCCCCGGACCACAACCAGGAAUGAGUUACAGGACCAGGAAUAAGUGCUAAGCACAGCUGGGUGUGAUCCAACAACAAAACUAACAAAACUAUCCAAGUGCUCUAUGAUUAAAUCUCAGCAAGAGUGGAUAGUACAGACGGUUCCAGUCCGGAGAGAGAGAUCCUUAUAGUUAUACUCAUCUUGUUUUGUAAAAGUUUCUUAGGUACAUUUACUCUUGGCUAGAAAUUUAGCUCAUGAUUCAUUAACACAUUUUAGAUGACACUGGGGUAAGGUAGGAGAUUAUCCCAUCUGCCUUACAUAGGCUACGUUUCCUUGCCAAUGAGUAUUUUGGAAUAAAGUAGUGCUCCAAAACCAUCAUCAUCAUCGUUACUAGUUGUUAGAGAAUAACAGUGUUAGACUUACACAGUUCAAUUAAGAAAGAUGAAGACCUUUUUUUCCUGUCUGUAAAUCAACCCAAAGGUGCUAUUUUACAUAUCAAUACAGUUGAAAGGAAGUACUGUUAUUUUGGGCUAGUGUUUUUUUUCCUCCACAGCUGAAGAAAGCCCAUUUUGAAAUUGGAUAUUGUGUUACAACAAAACAAGGAAAAUUUAUUUUAACUGUGUGCAAUUUUUUGAGAUGAACAUUUGUACUCUUUUUGGCUUUACCUAAUUCUCUUGCAUUAAUAAUUUACUGUUUUGUGAAUAAUGUGUACUAAGACAAAUUAAGGAAAAGAAAAUAAUUAUCUGUGAAAGACUUUGUAUAUUAAAAAGUGAUCCAAACCUC